CUCCCUUCUUGGAGUCAGACACCUCUUGCAACCUGCGAAAUGAGUAGCAAGUUAAAGUCUACAUACCUUCCGGUCCCUGUUCAGCCUCCUUUACCACCAGGGUGGACAGAGCACAAAGCGCCCACCGGCCAUACAUACUACUACAAUGCUGAGACGAAGCAAUCUACCUACGCUAGACCCAGCCUUCCCUCUGAUGAACCACUCCGCAUCGACUAUGGCGCAAGUGAGCCCGACCACGUUAUGCGCGCCUCAAUGCAGGCCAUGGAAGAGUUCAACAGAAACAGUGCCGUGACCCAGCCAAGCCAUUUCACAGGGGGGAGAAGUUACCAAGAACAUUCUCGUCGGAGAGGCAAUCAGGGAGACCGACCCAAAUCGAAGGCACCUAUACCGAAUUGCGCCCCGUGGGUGCUGGUGAAGACAAAGCUAGGCAGGAGGUUCGUCCAUAAUACCGAGACGAAGCAGAGUUUUUGGAAAUUUCCGCAGGAUGUCAUGAUGGCGGUAAUUGAGAUGGACAGGCUGGAAUGGGAAGCCAAGAAAAGGGCGGAGACUGAGCACGAAGAGACGACCAAGGAGCAUGAAAAAUCACAACCACAGGCUGAUGCAGGGAGAUCAGAGAGUCCUACGAGGGACAUAUCUCGAGCAUCUGUUGGGCCUGAAGAGUAUGACAGCGACGAGUACGAGGAAGUCGAAGUGACAGACGACGAGGGAGAAGCAAUUGAUGAGCCAUCAAAACGACGACGUCUCUCCCACGAGGCUGGAAGCGAGAACGCACCACCUGCUGGACCUGUUGAGUUCAACGAAGAUGAUAUAGCCUGGCAACUGGCGCAGCUGGAGGGCGAUGACGGCUAUGGGGAGGACCAAGACUAUACACCCGGCGAUGGAGGAGAAGCAGAAGAUGUGGAGGAUGUGGAAGAAGACGAAGGCCUUCCUCUAACCGCGCAGGACAACCUUGCGCUUUUCCGGUCCCUCCUCGACGACUCCGGCAUAUCACCCUACUCUACUUUCGAAAAAUUUAUCGAGGACACGGCUCUGUUAGAAGACCCGCGUUACGUCGCAUUGCCAAACACCUCGUCACGCAAAGAGGCUUUUGUGGCAUGGUCCAAGGACCGAAUCGCAGAACAGCAAGCCCUCAAGGCCUCGGCGGCCGCAAAACAGAACAAGAAGGACCCUAAGGUAGACUAUCUGCGGUUUCUGCAGGAGCACGCCACGCCGAAACUGUACUGGCCGGAAUUCAGACGCAAAUUCAAAAGGAGUCCCGAGAUGCAGGAGCGGUCGAUGCAGGACAAGGACCGGGAGAAGCUGUACCGCGAGCUCGUCGGCAAGUUGAAACUCGGUGAGGCCGAGAGGAGGAAGGAAUUGGUGAGCCUGCUCAAGAGCAUCGACAAGGCCAAAUUCGACAAGCUCAGGGACGGGGACAAGUUUGCUCCGGAAGCUUUGCCGGACACUGCCCUGCGGGAUGUUAGGUUCUAUGUCCUGGAACCUGCCAGGAGGGAUGAGCUUGUGAAGACCUUUCUCGAGACACUCUAAAGCAGAGCUCGCGGCGCGCAGGUUGUGCGCUUGUAUAUCUGUGGGAUUGUAGGAAACUAGCCGACGUAGGGACAUAUGAGGCUUCUCUUGUUGACUGCUUCAAAACUACAAGAACAGCCUUGAACUAA